AUGGAAACGCGCAGUACGCCUCUCGAAAAUCGACCGCGACUUCCCCGCAUAGCCCUAAGCAAGCGGAAUCGGGCUGUCGUGAGAGCUCUGAACCCAAUGCUGGUGACCUAUUUGGAAGCCAGCCGGGACCUUUGCGAGACGGAUUCAAUUCUCUUUGGCGCCGCACUGGCGAUGGCGUUUGCUGGGACAAAUGUUAGUUUGUCCCAGCCGGAUACAAUGCAGAAACUGACGGAGCGCAAAGACGACCUGAAGCAGAGAAUCGCUGCUUGGGGAAAGCGAAUUCGGCGAUAUACCGAGAGGUCGACACGGUUCAACCAGAAUCGUCUCUUCCAGAGUGAUCAGAAGAGGCUCUAUAAAUCAUUGGAGCGACCAAUGGUAAGUGGAACGGGCCCAGUACCGAAUCAGGCCGACACGGUCGCAUUCUGGCGCAGCCUGUGGUCAGAGCCCGUUAACCACAACGAGGGCCCUUGGACGGAAGUUGUGGCGAGUAUGUGUGCGGGUAUAACGCCCAUGGACCCCGUCACCAUAACGCCGGAUGACGUAGCUGAGGCGGUCCGUAGGGCCCCGAACUGGAAAAGUCCGGGACUCGACGGGCUGCAUCACUACUGGCUGAAAGGGUUCGUGCAAACUGCAAAUGUGGACGCUGCCGUCAAUAUUCCAUUUGUGGUUGAUUCAGACGAUGAUGGAAUAGUCCCCCACGAACUAGAGAAAGUGAGGAGCAUAUUGGAAGAGUCGAUGCUGGAAACGCGCAGCAUGCCUCUCGAAAAUCGACCGCGACUUCCCCGCAUACCCCUUAGCCAGCGAAAUCGGACUGUCGUGCGUGCUCUUCACCCAAUGCUGGUGACCUAUUUGGAAGCCAGUCGGGACCUUUGCGAGACGGACUCAAUUCUUUUUGGCGCCGCACUGGCAGUAUGCCGUAUUAUUGGCGCCAAACUUCCCAUGGCUGGACGUGCUACUCAACAAGGUAGUGCCAUCCCAGCCUGGAGAAAAAGAAUCGAGGACCGUAUCGCAAAGGCAAGGGCCCUUAUCGGCAGACUGACAAGCUUCAGGUCGGGUAAUAUUAGACCGAGAGUUGUGCGCACCGUUAGAAUGGCGUUUGCUGGGACAAAUUUUAGUUUGUCCCAGCCGGAUAUCACGCAGAAACUAACGGAGCGCAUAGAUGACCUGAAGCAAAAAAUCGCUGCUUGGAGGAAGCGGAUUCGACGAUUUAACGAGAGGUCAAGGCGGUUCAACCAAAAUCGUCUCUUCCAAAGUGAUCAGAAGAGGCUCUAUAAAUCAUUGGAGCGACCAGAGGUAUGUGGAGCGGGCCCAGGACUGGAUCAGGCUGACACUGUCGCAUUUUGGCGUGGCCUGUGGUCAGAGCCCGUAAACCACAGCGAGGGCCCUUGGAUGGAAGUUGUGGCGAGCCAGAGUGCAAGUGUUACGCCUAUGGACUCCGUCACCAUAACGCCUGAAGACGUGGCUGAGGCGGUCCGUAGGGCCCCGAACUGGAAAAUUCCGGGGCUCGACGGGCUGCAUCAUUACUGGCUGAAGGGAUACUAG